AUGGCGACUGUGACAACAACCACCACUGAGACUGAGACUUCGUCGGACCUGAGCUCCCAGGUCAGCCAGGGAAAGGAGGUCUCUCGCUGUACAGAUGCGUUGCCUCUUGAUGAUAAGGAGAGAAUGCCUCCUACUAUGUCCCUGGUGCUGAUCCACUACUUCCUGGUACUUACAACCGUUAACCUGGUAAUCGCCAUUCCCACGGCCAACGACUACGCUGAGAGGUUGGGUGCGGGGCGCCUGUUUGCGGGCGUCAUGCUGGGCGCUCUUCCCCUGGUAGCCAUUGCAGGUAACGUGUUCAACCAGAAGCUCUUCGCCUGCUUGACCUUCAAGCAAAUCUGGACUUUGUGCUGCCUCGUCACAGUGCUGGGCUCGGUGCUCUAUGCCCUCGCCGGCCUGAUGCGAUUCAAGUGGACGCUCCUCAUUUCGAGAAGUCUGAUGGGAUUCUGCUGCGCUUUCAGCCUCCCGGGAAUCUAUGUCUCCCAUACAGUGGGCAUGAAGCGCCGAAGUGAGAUUCUUUUUUACUUCUCGGCUUGCUUGACGCUGGGCUGUGCAGUUGGGCCCGCUCUUGCCGCGAUGUUGGAGGAAUCCAUGAAGUACAUCAAAAUCAACAAUCUAGUGCUGGACUCGGACACAGUCCCUGGCUGGUUCAUGGCUGUUCUCUACCUGCUGUUCACUGCAAAGCUGGUGGUUUUCUUCAAGGACCUUCCCAGGGACGCCUUGGCUGCUGCGCCGGAGGGCCGCACUUUAAGGAGCCCGAAAAGCGCUGGCAUGGGGCUGAGCCUCGAGAAAGGCGCAGCUGCCUGCGCAUGCUUCUGGCAGCUCAUGGUCGCAAGCGCUGUGACCACAGGCGUAGAGGUCUACACCAUCAAUGUGACACGGCAGACCCUUGGGUGGUCCACCGCCAACGCCGCUUGGUUUGUGGCUUUGAUCAUGCUGAUCUCCGGAGUCGCAAACCUCAGCCUUGGUAAGGUCGUGCGGGUCAUGGCCUGCACGGACAUGAUGGGACUACUCCUGGGAGACAUCAUCGCAUGCUUCUCCUGCCUCUUCUUGUUCAACUUUGACCUGAACUCGCCAUCCCUGCAAGUGUCACUGCUAUGCGUUGGCCUGGUGUCGGUCCUUGUCACCCAGGGCCUCACCCGCGCCCUGGCCCUGAGCAUCUGUUCCAAGCUGGUGCCCACGGAAUCUAUCAAUGCGAUUAUGACCAUGGCCACCAUCUUCAUGUCCUUGGGCCGUGGUGGUGGCUCCAUCGUGUGUUCGGUGCUGGACCCGGACUCCUUCGCGCCGGUCCUGCUGGCGCUUUUCACGACUACUCUAUUGCUGUCAUCGGCAACACGGAAGCACAUGAAGCCGCACAUCAAGGCAAGUUGA